AAUGUGUUUGGUUCUGACCCUAAUAUGCAGCUGCAUUCAAGAAUUCAGAGGACACAAUUGCAAACAUGGGAUAUGCAGAAGUGACAACCAGCUGCCUCUAUGAACGAGAGGUGAACAUUGGACUCAUACUGACAGCACACCUGUUGCUCGAUAUGACUGUCUUGUUUUCCACUAUGCCCUGCCAACUAUCAGCCUUUAUGUUUCAAUUGCAUGCAGCAGAGGACUGAAGGGUACACACACACCAAAUAUAAAACGACUACUGACAUCAUACAGAAUGGAAGAAGCAAACGCAAGAUCUUCAAAUUCAAAUGAAAUUUUCAUCAUAUCAAAGUUGGAUCCGGAGUCACAAGAGUGUACUCCAUCCCCGCCAAGCUGCUUGGCCGAGCCUCGAAGACUUUCCUUGCGCUGCUAUGCUCACGACGCUCCCAAGUCUAGCGAUGUACGGAACGGAAAGAAGACCGAGGCGGCCGGCAUCGACAAAUGCUGGUGGGUGGCGGUGCUGGCCUUCGUCAUGGCCACGAUGGAGUCGUCGUCCAGCCGCUGCUCUGGCUUCCUCAUGGUCGGAAUCAUGGAGCAGAUGAACGUCGAACGCGGUCUCGCUUCCUGGCCUGUCAGCCUCAUCGGUUCUCUAAUUGGCUGUGGAGGCCUCGUGUCGGGUCCUCUCAGCGAACUCUUCACCACAGUUCCCGUACUGGUAGGGGGAUCGGUUCUGGCAGCGGCCGGCAUCACAGCAUCUGCAUUUGCUCCGGAUAUCACAUGGCUCACCAUCACGCUAGGAGUUAUGCACGGUGUGGGCCUAGGCAUCGUGAUAUGCAUGCUGCAAGUCCUCAUCAGCAUGUACUUUGAGCGGUACCGGGGCGCCGCCAACGGCAUCAUGUUCGCCGGAUCCACUGCCUCUGCGUUCAUCUUUCCACAUCUGCUGUAUUAUUUUAGAGACACCUACGGCUUCCGAGGAAGCCUGCUGCUUUUUGGUGCUAUCCUGUUGAACAUGAUAGCCGUGAGUCUCGCCUUUCGGGAACCACCGUGGGUUCGUAAUGACAGAAUCAAGAGGAGAAAAGGCGUGGAGGCAACACAGCUACCAUCAACCUUCACAUCGGACUCAAAUCAGGGGUCAAAGGUUUCCACCACCAAGGUCGUGCUGCUAAACCUUCGCGGAGUGCUCAAGUGCCCCAUGACGUACGUGCUUGUGGUCACGUGGCUAGUGUUCUGCUAUAACUACGACAUCUUCUUCUCCACGAUUGUGGACUUCGCCAUGGACAAGGGGGUGUCUUUCAAGGAUUCCGUGUCUUUCAUCACAUACACGUCCAUCCCGGAUCUCGUGGGGAGACUUGUCCUGCCUAUUUUGACGGACCGCGGGCUCCUGCAGAGGUCGACGUUAAUGACAUUGAAUUAUUUUCUCCUGGGCUUGUGCACUGUGUCACUGCCAUUCUGCGAGACCUACUGGGCGCUGCUCACGGGGUUUCUGGGCGUUGCCCUAUUCCUCGGCUGUGCCAUUACCAUGCAGAGCGUUCUGGUGGCCCAGUAUUUGGGAAUCGAAAAACUUGCCAUGGGCUUCAGCGUCAUCGGUGCCCUGUGUGGACCGGCACUCUUAGGAAAGGCACCUUUCGUAGGGUUUUUCAGGGAUGACCUUGGCUCGUACCACGAGAUGUUCUGGGUCCUUGGCAGCUUCAGCUUCUUCGUCAGCAUUCAGUGGGUAUUGGUACUUUUAGUCGACAGGAAGAGAGCACACAAGUGGCAGCCGGAUAAUGCGCGCAUGUGAUAUGAAUCGACAACGUAACAAA